AGGGUCUUGUUCAACAAAUGCUAUAUCAUGAUGGAAGGGCUUAAAUCAUUAUUGUAACAUGAGAGCUAAUGGAGCUGUUCGAAAAGUUUUGGCAUCAACUUCAUUGUUGUCUAAGAAAAAAACAGUGCUACUACUUAGCCGCAACAUGCAGUGUAGAGGCGGCGACAAGUCCACUAAACAAGCAAAUUAAUAAUUCACCAGUUUGUUUGCAAACUCAGGUCUGUGCGUUAUUGUUGGCGUAGCACAACCGACAAUGAGAAGCACUUCACAAAAGCAGGCGGGUAGGGCAGCUAAGUAAUUCAGAGCUUGCAGGGCAGUACCGUUGGUAUGGUCUAUGCAUAAACUCUUCUUAAUACAGCCUAACUAACCGGCUCAUCUCAGGCAAACGCAGCUGAAGAGCCGGAACCGCUGACGUGCUGCUGGGACCUAUGCACAAGCUCAUGCGAAGAUGUCUGUCAAAGCCGGAUUCUACAAGCAAGAACUGAACAAAACUGUGUGGGAUGUGCCCGAGAGGUACCAGAACCUGACUCCCGUCGGAUCCGGAGCCUAUGGGUCUGUCUGUUCUGCUUACGAUACUAUAACAAGACAGAAGGUGGCAGUGAAGAAACUUUCAAGACCAUUCCAGUCACUGAUUCAUGCAAGAAGAACUUAUCGAGAACUGAGACUUCUGAAGCACAUGAAACAUGAAAAUGUCAUAGGAUUACUGGAUGUAUUUACCCCUGCGGCUUCACUAGAAAACUUUAAUGAAGUAUAUCUGGUGACCCAUCUUAUGGGUGCUGACUUGAAUAACAUUGUGAAAUGUCAGAAACUAACAGAUGAACACAUACAGUUUCUUAUUUAUCAGCUGCUUAGAGGUUUGAAGUAUAUUCAUUCUGCUGGGAUCAUUCACAGAGACUUGAAGCCUAGUAACUUAGCUGUAAAUGAAGACUGUGAACUCAGGAUUUUAGAUUUUGGUUUGGCUCGCCAGACAGAUGAUGAGAUGACUGGAUAUGUUGCAACGAGAUGGUACCGAGCACCUGAAAUUAUGUUAAACUGGAUGCAUUAUAAUCAGACAGUUGAUAUUUGGUCUGUUGGCUGUAUUAUGGCAGAACUCCUGAAAGGAAAGCCUAUUUUUCCAGGAAAUGACUAUAUCGAUCAGUUGAAAAGAAUAAUGGAACUUGUCGGGACACCUAGUCCUGAGCUUUUAAAGAAAAUAUCUUCAGAGCAUGCAAGAAAAUAUAUUGAAUCUUUACCUUACCUGCCUCAAAAAAACUUGAAAGACGUAUUUCGUAAUGCAAACCCUUUAGCUGUUGAUCUUCUUGAGAAGAUGCUUAUAUUGGAUAGCGACAAGCGAAUAAGUGCUACAGAAGCACUUUUACAUCAAUACUUUGUACAGUAUCACGACCCUGAUGACGAACCAGAGGCAGAAUUAUAUGAUGAAACAAUAGAAAAUAAAGAGCAAACAAUAGAGGAGUGGAAAGAACUCACAUAUGAAGAGGUGAUAAGCUUUAAACCACCAGAUUAUAAAAUUGAUAAUUUGGAAAUAGAGCAGUGAGUGGACAGGCCACACAACUCAGAACUCUCAGAUCUCACUUUUAAUUUUUUCAACUUCUCAAAAUGCCAUUUAUGUGAAGACUUGAAGACAAGCAACUCGUGAAAAUCAUGGCGUACCAGUUUCGGAAAAUAUCCUUCUUGCCUUUCAGACAUCAGCCUUUAUGAUUGUAUUGAGGAAACUACUGUGAAUUAUGUUAAACUGUGUGAUUUCAUGCAUGUGUUUGUGUGGUGAUAGCACUGAAUGUAUGCAGCUGAGACAUGGAUGUAAGCAACCAUGAAAUUCAAAGUUGUUCAUUUAAUGUUCAACCUUCAUUGAGUGCAUAAAGCUCUAAUUUAUCCAGUGCCUAAAAAUGCAGCAUGCAGCAAGCUGUCAAUUAAUAGGAGUGUCAUAAAUAAAUGACAUUAUUUUGUCUUUGCUGAAGUCCUGCUGACAUGGCCUUAUUUGCACAUAUUAUUAGAAGGCUGCGUUAUGAAUUUCCAUUUCUUUUAAUGGUGUGUGUAGUAAAGUAAAUAAACCUGUCAACAUUAA